CUUGGCCUUUUCGGGGUCAACAUGCCCCCUCCUCUCCGGCGAGGGCCGUAAGGCUUUCUUGAGACUACAGAAGGAAAUAAUCAAGGUCUCGGUCGGCUAAAGCAUCUUCGUUUAUGAUAUCGAAGCACUGGCCAUCAUGGCUCCUCUGCCCACCGAGCCUGACCAAACGUAUACUAGGUAGGCCCUGUGUAGCGGAUGGGUGUCAGGGUAUUCUUCCUCAUUGUUUUCCCGUACUGGUUUUCUGGACGUCGGCUGUAUGCUGCUGAUCCGCCCGAGGCUCUAGAAGAGCGGACUAGUAUGCUGAUAACGGUCGGACAAAGCAGCGUAUAUGGUAUGAGUCGUAGCUUACUCGUAUUCAGACAAAAAGGCUCCGGGCGCGAGGGCGUAAAUUACGCCGGCGUGGAGCUGAGGCUGCACUCAACCACGAGGGUGCCACUCGCGAUUGGCCUCGAGCGUGUCAAAAUUUCCCGAAUUGGCAAAUUAGCCAUGGUCUUAAGUACUGUCGCUGCCUCCAACGAGCAGUUUACACGGAACCUUGCAAGCUGGGUCGGGGACGUGUUGGUGACUGUCAGGACGGCGGUGUCGGUGGAAUCAUACCCGGCACAUCCGUUGCCUUUCUGGCAGAGAUCAUAUUUGACAUGGGUUAUCACAGCACCUGACGUGGCCGAAAAGGUUCUGUCGGUGAUACCAAUCUUCAUGUGCAUCACAGCUAAGAGACUCCGAUGGGUCAGAUGAAGGAUGAUGGACUGGACUGCCACUCCCUGGAUACAAACGUCAACCUUUCUCCUAGUCGCAAGCCACAGAAGCAUCACUAUAAGCACGAAGAUAAAGUUCUCAAGUCAUGUCUUCAAUUGAGGAGACUCCGCAGCGCAGCUGCUCUGGCAGCUCAGCUGGCCCUCUAGUUGCCCACUAUCAAUACACUGUGCAGAAACGUAGACGCUAGUAAUCUUCAAUUCA